UUUCCCAACAACCUUCAGCGGUUAAUCCCCUGAAACAAGAAACCGAUAGUCCCUAAAAAAUUUAUUUCUUUGUGGAAAAUCCUACCCACGAUCACUAAACAUAGUACUAUCUGUCUGUGUCUGAGGCCUAAACCUAAGCAAAUGGCUGAGGUGUUUGCAGGAGUAGAAGCUGAGAGGAAGGUGAUGGUGGCCAUUGAUGAGAGCGAGUACAGUCACUAUGCUCUCACUUGGGUGCUUGACAAUCUCAAAGAAUCCAUAACAAAUUCAUCGCUUGUGAUCUUCAUGGCUCAGCCUCCUCCCAGAAGUAGUUUCACCUUCUCCGCGCCUCUUGGUUCUGCUCGCAUGUACUGCCCUGUUUCAGCCACUCCGGAGUUAACAAACUCCAUCCAAGAAAAUCAUAAGAAGCUUACAUUGGCUCUUCUGGAGAAAGCUAAGGAUAUGUGUGCUAGUUAUGGGGUAAAAGCGGAGACAAUUACAGAGGUUGGGGAUCCUAGUACGGUCAUAUGUGACGUCGUUCAAAAGUUUGACAUCACUUUACUUGUUUUGGGUGAGCGUGGCCUUGGAAAAAUCAAAAGGGCUCUUCUGGGGAGUGUGAGCAACUAUUGUCUUCAGAAUGCAAAAUGCCCCGUCCUUGUUGUGAAGAAACCAAAGUAGCGAGUAUGCUACAUUUCCAAUCUUUUGAGUUGACUUGUGCUUCUUUUCUUUUUUAAUUUUUUUGUGAAAUGUUGUUUGAUACAACUCAGAAUGUAAAUGCAGUGAAUGAUGAGAGAAGGGAAGGUGACCUAUUUGACAAA